AUGGACGACCUGUCGGGCUUGAACUGGACAGGAAAUUCAGAGCCGCAGCGUCGCUUGCCAGUAUCAGAUAACCUCCGUGCUCCCAACGCUCGUCUCACGCCCCCGAUCUCCGGUCGGUCUACCCCUCUUGCUGCCUCCGCCCCCCGAACGGCCUCGCCAUCGCAACCUCUAAGCCGCACAAAUGAUAGCUUUGCAAAUUUGGUAAAUUUUGGAUCAGGCGCCGCUGGGAAGAACCUUUCACUCGCUGAGAGGCAAAAGCAAUUGGCGGAGCAGAAAGCUUUGGAGGAGAGGAAGAAACAGGAACAGCUAACGGCGCAAUAUGGUGGUAAUAAUGAUCAAUUUUGGGAUAAGCUAGAGAGACCUGCUGCUUCGAAUAACCCGUUUGCUGGAGGUUCCGCGAACGGGAAUGGUACAACUUCUGCCGGGAUUGCUUCGCCGAGCCGCGAUCUCGGUAUCGAAGAGGACGAGGAUGACAUCCUAGCUGCGUUCAAUUCAUCGGCUCCCGUGGACAAGUCGACGAACUUUCCGAUCCCCAGCUCUACUGCGUCUCCUGCCCCAAUUGUGGGGUUACAAGCAUUGUCUAGUAAUGAUUUUACGCAGAAUGAAGAUGAUGAUCCAUUUGGCCUGGGUAAUAUGGGCCAGAAGAAAACGCAACCUAGCCAACCUAUAAACGAUGCCAACGAUGAUGAUGAUGAUAUUCUAGGGCUACUUGGAAAACCUGUGUCUGAGUUUGCCAGCCCUCCAACAAAAAGUCCCAGCCAUGGACUCGAAGCUGAACACACACCUGACGGCCAGGCCUCUACCCCUGCCAGCACUACCCCCGUUGAUAGAGCUAUUGCUGAGUUAGUUGAUAUGGGGUUCCCGAUUGAAAAGGCUAGCCAGGCCUUGGCAACAACGGAAUCCGGCACAGAUGUUCAAGCUGCCGUGGGCUGGCUUCUUAAUACCGCCCAUGCCGAAGCGCGGGAAAAGGCGAGGGGUAGGAGCCACAGUGCCCAGGCCCAAGCUCGUUCAGAACGUACUCCCAAUGGGCAUCGUGAUCGUUUUACUGGUGAUCUUCGCGACGCAAGUCUUCCUUCCCGAGUACGACGCCAAGAGAAUUUAGAGGCUAGAAGCCAAAGGAAAGGAAGCGUGGACAAAGAUGCUGCCCAGAUGGCCUCUGAGUUUGGAAAUAACUUUUUGAAGUCUGCCAACUCGCUGUGGAAAAGCGGGACGAAAAGAAUGCAGCAGGCGGUUCAGGACUUUAAUUCGACACCAAACCCAUCUCAACCCCGAUGGAUGACAGAAUCGCCAUCCGAAAGAGAGAAGUUUCAAGAAGGAGUACGCAAAGCACCAAGCAGAGCUGUGGCAUCAGAGAACGGCAUGACUGUCACGGACGAAGCCAUGCUCUUGGAAAUGAAAAGGGCACCAUCCAGCAAGCCUCAACGACCAACCAGAACUCAAACACCUUCACAUCCUGUAGCAUCCCAAGGUCGUCUGCGGGAGUUUUCCCCAGCAGAGCAGCAGCGCACGACCACUCAGCAGCCCCGGCAAGCCAAACAGAGCGUUCGUGGUCCGCCUGUUAACGAGAGUCGCGCACGGUUGUCCCGCCUAGCUGCCGAUGAGCAGGCAUCCCAGGCAUAUGUUAGUCCGGCUAGGAGAAGAAAAGCUUCGCCACAGGUGUUUUCGGAAGCAGAGCCCGAUUUACUUGAGGGAUCUAGCAAAGUAACCCAUGCGCCCCCUGAAGUCAAACAACAGCCACAGCCAUCGCGACCCAGGACUUCGCCGCCUGUGGUACCUCGACCAAAAGCACCCCCAAGACAGAUUCCUCAGAUUUCGCCUUCCAGCCUCUCCUCGUCGCACAGGCAUCGCCAAGAAGGCACCGCUGCUUUUAAACGUGGAGAUUACGCUACCGCACAUGCAUCCUACUCCUCUGCCAUUUCCUUGCUACCUACAGAUCAUCCUAUCACAAUAGUUCUUCUCACUAACCAUGCAUUAACAGCCUUAAAAAUUGGCGAACCAAAAACCGCUAUUGUAAACGCAGACCGUGCGCUGUCAAUCAUUGGGCCCUGCAAGGGUGAAUCUGAGCAUAUUGAUUUUGGCAAUGGCGAACCGCAGAAGGAAAUGAAAGAAUUUUUCGGAAAGGCAAUGAUGCGUAAAGCCGAAGCCCUGGAGCAACUUGAAAAAUGGAAUGAUGCAGCCGUGAUUUGGCGAGAAGCCCUGGAAGCCGGACACGGUGGUAGCACCAGUAUUCAGGGGAGGACCAGAUGCGAAAAGGCUGCUAGUUCUCAAUCUAGGAGUUCACCAUCUACGCAGUCCACGCCGCCGGCGCGUCCCCCACCGCGAAAAACGCCUGUUCGUACACCACGAGCCCCAGUACGGCCCGCGGUCUCGACUAAACCUGCAGAAGCGGUCAGUCGGCUUCGAGAAGCAAAUGAAGCAGCUGAUCGCUUAGAUAAUGAGAAGUUUGCCCUUGCUGAUACUGUGGAGGCCAGGCUUACUGCUUGGAAAGGGGGCAAGCAAGAUAAUUUGCGAGCGCUGCUGGCAAGUCUAGACACUGUUCUAUGGUCUGAAGCAGGCUGGAAGAAACUCAGUAUGGCGGAGCUGGUGCUGCCGAAUAAAGUGAAAAUCCACUACAUGAAGGGAAUCUCCAAAGUACAUCCUGAUAAGAUCCCGGUAAAUGCGACAACGGAGCAGAGAAUGAUCGCCGGAGCCGUUUUUAGUACCUUGAAUGAGGCAUGGGACAAGUUUAAACAAGAGAAUGGAUUAUGA